CCCCCCUUCAUCUUGCUGCCAAUAAGGGCCAUCUUUCUGUGGUCCAGAUCUUGCUGAAGGCUGGCUGUGACCUCGAUGUCCAGGAUGAUAUACAUUCCUAAUGUCAUGGUAAGGACAGAGAAUUAGUUGAAGAAUGACCUCCAGUGGCCUGGAAUGGGAUUAUUAUGAAUUUCCACCUGUGGAAACCAGUUCUUUAGAAUAUGCAACUCCAGGAGAAAAUUCCCUCUUGCUUCCGGCCAAUCCUGUCAACUCACACUGGAGCUCUAAUGCCAUCUCUGAUUGGUCAAUGAGCAACCACACGGCCCCCGCCUCAGAAAUAGUCCAGGACCCUGUGGCCAACAUAAAAGCCACGAAGGAAGAAAAAAAUAAGAAAAACCAGAGAAGAAAGGCUAGGAAGAACCCUAGAAGAUCAGAGAGAGAAAAAGAGGGGGAUCAGACUGCCUUGCACCGGGCCACAGUGGUGGGGAACACGGACGUCAUCGCGGCGCUCAUCCAGGAAGGCUGUGCUCUGGACCGCCAAGACAAGGACGGGAAUACGGCCCUACACGAAGCAUCCUGGCACGGUUUUAGCCAGUCAGCCAAACUGCUCGUUAAAGCAGGAGCCAACGUGCUUGCCAAGAACAAGGCGGGAAACACCGCUCUGCACCUGGCCUGCCAGAACAGCCACUCCCAGAGCACACGCGUCCUCCUGCUGGGCGGGUCCCGUGCCGACCUCAAAAAUAAUGCAGGCGACACCUGUUUGCACGUUGCUGCACGCUAUAAUCACUUGUCCAUCAUUAAGCUCCUCCUCAGUGCUUUCUGUUCUGUCCAUGAAAAGAACCAGGCUGGAGACACAGCACUUCAUGUUGCUGCUGCCCUAAAUCACAAGAAGGUGGUUAAAAUCUUACUGGAAGCUGGAGCAGAUGGGACCAUUGUUAAUAAUGCAGGCCAGACUCCACUGGAGACUGCGCGCUACCACAAUAAUCCGGAAGUUGCUCUUCUCCUCACUAAAGCUCCCCAGGUCUUGCGCUUCAGUCGUGGGCGAAGCCUGAGGAAAAAGAGAGAGAGGCUCAAGGAAGAGAGGAGAGCUCAGUCUGUGCCAAGAGAUGAGGUGGCACAAAGCAAGGGAAGUGUCUCAGCAGGAGACACCCCCAGCAGCGAACAUGCUGUACCCAGAAAAGAAGAGGCCAGAGAAGAUUUCCUGUCUGCCUCCCCAGAGCCCAGAGCAAAGGACAAUCGGCAGAGAAAGUCAAGGCCCAAGGUGUCUGCGUUUUCUGACCCCACCCCACCAGCAGACCAGCAGCCUGGACACCAGAAGAGUGCGCAUGCUCAUAAUCCUCCUAGAAAGAGGCCCCGGCACCGAUGCUCCCCCCCACCCCCUCCCCAUGAGUUCAGAGCCUACCAGCUCUACACGCUGUACCGGGGCAAGGAUGGGAAAGUGAUGCAGGCACCGAUCAAUGGUUGUCGAUGUGAACCCCUAAUCAACAAGCUGGAGAACCAGCUGGAGGCAGCUGUGGAGGAGAUCAGAGCAGAGCUGGGGUCGGUGCAGGAUAAAAUGAACACAAAGCUGGGACACAUGGAGGGCAAGACCCAGCACCAGAUGCGUGUUUUGGACAAGCUGAUGGUGGAGCGGCUCUCAGCCGAGAGAACCGAGUGCCUGAACCGCCUGCAGCAGCACUCCGACACCGAGAAGCAUGAGGGAGAGAAACGACAGACAUCACUGGUGGAUGAAUUAAAAACCUGGUGCAUGCUAAAGAUUCAGAAUCUGGAGCUGAAGCUUUCUGGAGAUUCUAGGGCCUCUAGGACCAAAUCCACACCAUCUACUUGCGAGUCCUCUACAGGUGUGGAUCAGUCAGUGGUCACUGCAGGUCCAGUAGCAGCUUCUGACAGUUCUCCUCAGGUGGUGAGGCCCAAGGAAAAGGCCUUCAACUCCACCGCUACCCACCGACUACAGCAGGAGCUGUCUUCCUCAGACUGUACAGGCUCUCGACUGCGGAAUGUCAAGGUCCAGACCGCCUUGCUACCCUUGAAAGAGGCAGCCAGAUAUGAUCAGCAGGCUGGGCCCUGUGUUGACAGAGGCACCCAAACCAAGAAGUCUGGGAGAAGUGGGCAGACAAGGCAUCGGACCCAGCACCCAGCACCCAGCAACCCCUGUGGGCUGCCCCCACCAGCAGCAGGCAGUGAGCAGACCGCCCCUCACAUUCGAGAUACCUCCCAAGCUCUGGAGAUCACCCAGUAUUUUUUUGAGGCCGUUUCUACCCAGAUGGAAAAGUGGUAUGAAAGGAAGAUUGAGGAAGCACGAAGCCAAGCCAGUCAGAAGGCCCAGCAAGACAAGGCCACCCUGAAGGAACAUAUUAAAAGUUUAGAAGAAGAACUUGCUAAACUAAGGACGAAGGUGCAGAAGGAAAAUUAGGACCUGGGGAGCAGCACAAGAAGGGAUUCCUGGCUUUGCAGCUCCAGAAGAGCUACGGCCAACAUAUCCGUUAUCGUGCACAUGGCGGACUUGCCUUUCAAAAAACAGUUGAAUUUCUGAAAUGUGCCAGACCCGUGCUUCCCGUGCUCUGAAGUUAUGACAACUUCAGCAGUGAGACUGAAACCAGGGGACACUUGCUUAGUUGCAGGUUUCAUUACAAAUUCAUAACCUCAGACCAGGGUCAUCUGAGGUUCAAAAGCUCAGAUUAGGUGAGCCACGCUAAGCAACUAUAUGAUGCGUCGAGCCUAAACCCUAAAAUUCAGGAUGUAUGAAAUAAUAUAAGUCAAAAGGAAGAAGAAAAGCAAAUCCCUUGUGAACGCCAGUGGCCGUUCAUGUGGUGCACACUGGCUGGGCCCAGAAAAGAGUAUCUUUCUGUAAGAACUGUGGCUGAGAUGCACACAUCCCCUCUCAAAUUCCUACUUCUCAAAAUGCUGACCUUUUAACUAGAUGAAAACUUAUCAAAUAGAUUUGGAGGAGAAAAAGAUUUUCAUGAUGUCACUUGAUCCAGUAUAUCUUAAAAGAUUUUGCAGAGUUGGUGUGUACUUAAAAUAAUGAGGAAUUGGCUAAUAGCACUGGGAACGUUUGUUAAUAAACUCAAAUGAGAAACAUUCAAA